AAAAAAAAAAAAAAGUUAAGUACUAUUAGUCAUGUUUUAACAGAUGUGAAAACUGAUCUACCCAGGAAUCACACAGUUACUCUGUAUUAAAACUGAAAUUGAAACCUAGAAAGUCUAACUCCAUGCCCACACCCUUAAGCACCACUGUUGUAAGAGCUUUAAGUGAUAGACUUGGAAAUUUGCCAGAGUGAGGUAGCUUGCCUCUUCCAUUUGGAGAAAAGAACAUUUGUCCGGAAAGAAACCUUGUAAGGUGACGAUCUGCCCAAAGCAAGCUGAAAUCCAAGAGGACAGUAUAAAACAGAAAAGCCACCUUCAUUAACUUGUAAUUUGUGUUAAUCUUGAAGAAACAGCUCGUCGUCUGGGCUUCACUCUUUCCUUUAUUAGAGAUGGGAGUUGGGGAAGGUUAGUAAGAACAGACCUUAGUCUGAGCACCGUGUUAGGGAAGAGCUGGAGCACUGGAGUGAGGCUCUAUCCUUUCUGCUCUGAUGGUUUUGGCUUUUUCUGUGGCCUCAGCUCCAGCUCCACCUAUGUGGACCGCAGAUGAGAUUGCUCAGCUGUGCUAUGCACACUAUAAUGUCAGACUGCCCAAGCAGGGGAAGCCUGAGCCAAACCGUGAGUGGACUUUGUUGGCAGCUGUGGUGAAGAUACAGUCUGCAGCUAACCAUGCUUAUGACACCCCUGAUAAGGACAUGCAAGUGACAAAGGAAGUUGUCUCAAUGGGAACGGGAACAAAAUGCAUAGGCCAGUCCAAGAUGAGAGACAGCGGAGACAUCCUCAAUGACAGCCAUGCUGAGAUCAUAGCCAGAAGGAGUUUCCAGAGAUACCUUCUCCAUCAGCUCCAUUUGGCAGCCGUCCUGAAAGAAGAUAGCAUCUUUGUUUCAGGGACUCAAAGAGGAUUGUGGAGGCUCAGACCUGACCUGUCUUUUGUGUUUUUCUCUAGCCACACACCCUGUGGGGAUGCCUCCAUCAUUCCGAUGCUGGAGUUUGAAGAACAGCCUUGCUGUCCUGUCAUCAGAAAUUGGGCCAACAACUCACCUGUAGAAGAGACUGAGAAUCUAGAGGAUUCUAAAAAUAAAAGGAACUGUGAAGACCCCGACAGCCGGGUAGCCAAGAAGAUCAGGCUUGAAACACCUGCCAGGUCCCUCUCCAAUUGUGUAGCUCACCAUGGGCCACAGGAGAGUGGUCCAGUCAAACCAGAUGUCAGCAGCUCUGAUCUCACCAAGGAGGAACUGGAUGCUGCCAAUGGAAUAGCUUCAGGUAGCUUCAAAGUGGUGGAUGUCUAUAGGACGGGAGCCAAGUGUGUUCCUGGAGAAGCUGGGGACUUGAGACAGCCAGGGGCUGCCUACCACCAGGUGGGACUACUUCGUGUGAAGCCUGGCAGGGGAGACAGGACAUGCUCCAUGUCCUGCAGUGACAAGAUGGCAAGGUGGAAUGUCCUCGGAUGCCAGGGCGCACUGCUAAUGCACUUCCUGGAGAAGCCCAUAUACCUGUCAGCUGUGGUCAUCGGGAAGUGCCCAUACAGCCAGGAAGCCAUGAGGAGGGCAUUGAUUGGCAGGUGUCAGGAAACCUUGGUUUUACCCAGAGGCUUUGGCGUUCAAGAACUGAAAAUACAGCAGUCGGAUUUACUAUUCGAACAGAGCCGCUGUGCAGUGCACAGGAAAAGAGGUGACAGUCCAGGCCGACUCGUCCCUUGUGGGGCAGCUAUCAGCUGGAGUGCUGUCCCUCAGCAGCCUUUGGAUGUUACAGCCAAUGGUUUUCCACAAGGAACAACAAAGAAAGAAAUUGGAAGCCCUCGGGCCAGAUCCCGAAUCAGCAAGGUGGAACUCUUUAGAUCAUUCCAGAAGCUGCUGAGCAGCAUUGCAGAAGACGAGCAGCCGGACUCCGUCAGGGUACAGAAGCCGGCUACCUAUCAGGAGUACAAGGAGGCUGCGUCUGCCUACCAGGAAGCCUGGGGUGCACUCCGGAGGAUACAGCCGUUUGCGUCCUGGAUCAGAAACCCACCCGACUACCACCAGUUUAAAUGAACACUUGCUGGUAUCAGGACCCUUCACAUUGGUCUCCCUCUCCCUUUGUGCUGAACAAACCUCUGUUUUUCUGGACAUUAAGUCUGAGGAGAAAACGAUGCCUUCUCCCAGAGCGCUGCACCUUUUGGUGUCAUAAAUGGAGCCCAGAACUUCAUCAGUUAUACUUGACUGGAGCAGCUCUGUGCUAAAAUAGCCUCUCAAUUAUGACCUUGGUAUGUGCCUUCAAUUGUGUUUUAUUGGUUCUUUAAAAUACAUCAUCAGAGUUUGGAACAUGGUGCUCUUAAGUAAUCUUCAGCAGCUCUGGUUUCUAUCUUCUUAUAUUGAUUCAGCAAGUAUGCAUCGGGCUGGAAUCACUUUAGAAUGUUGGAAACAUUACAGUCUCUCCUGGACUAAUGAAAAUGUGUUUCAUAUUUCCAGCCUUCCUUUGAGAACCAUCAUUUCCCAGUCCUCAGCAACCAGAUAUGGCUGAAGUUAACUUUACCCUCAGGCCUAGCACAAGACUAGCCUUGGAAAGCUCUGUUCUCAGACUUACCAAGAAAGGUUUGUUUGGGUUUUGGUUUUGUUCUUGAGAUAGUCUCACUCUGUAACCUACACUGUCCUUGGCUUUCAGUCCUGCUAUAGCUUUCUAAAUACCAAGCCACCAUCAUCCCCCGCCACACCACUUUCUCCUCAUCCUCCUAUCUUUUGCUUGAGACAGGAUCCCUCUCUAUAGUCCAGGCUGGCCUUGAACUCAACACACAGCCAAGGAUGAGCUUGGGCUCUGAUCCUCCCACCUCUGCCUCCUGGUGUCACACCAUACUUUGCUUCCAGGAUUCUCUUCUGACCAGUGUCGUGGGGGCCACUAUAUUCUUGUAACUGCCAGUAGCCACCAUCUUUCCCUACAGACAGAGACAGCCAGCUGACAAUGAAGGCAGCAGAGGAGGAAACUGCCAGAACAGCCGAAGCCCUAGGGUCCAGCGUACCCAAACCACAUGAGACAAAUGCCUAGUUUGAUUGUCUUUCUUGAUUUAUGGGGGCCACACAUGCUAUAGUGUAUGUGUGGCGGUAAGCACCUGUAUCAGCAGAGCAGGUCCCUAUUUUGAUUGAAUUAUUUUCUUUUUAACUCAGUUCCCAAAUGCCUUAAUUUCCUACAGCAAAUCAGCAAAAGACCUAGCAACUAACCCUGUUUAACUGUCAGCUAAGAGAGAGUACUCAGCUUCUUCCCACCUUGAAUAACUAGCUGGAAACAGAAGCUCUGCUUGUUACUCAGUGUCACUAUGUUUUAUACUGUUUGGUUUUGCUUUGCUUUGCUUUGUUUUU